AUGAACAGUCCCUCCAAACGCCGGAAAAAGAAUGAUGGCUCAGGGAAGCCGAUACGCAGCUUGGACUACUUCUUCGCAAAGCAAACGGCUAGAGCGACACCCAAAGAUGCACCGACGAACACAGGUCCCAGCGAACCGCCUGUGGAUCAGGACAACACAGGCCUGACCGACGAAGAACUCGCGCGUAAACUUCAGGAGCAGUGGAAUAAGGAAGACCAACAGCAGGGGUCAAAUCAGGAGCCGGUGGAGCCGGUGAACUCGAAUGAGCUGUAUGAGGGGCCCGACAAAGUCCCUGCAGACACGACACAAGACACAAAAGGACAGAAUGGGAAUUCCGAAUUAGCAAUACGUGAAGCCACUGUAGAAAACACAAAGGCUGCCGAACUCAACCAGAAGAAAAACACGCUAUCUCUCCAAUCGACCGCCUCCGAAGAAGACGCGAUAACAGCACAUAUACCCUUCGAUCAGAGCCCUCUCGAAUUUGAACCGGCAAAAUACGUUCCAGAACUACAGAAACAUUGGGUGAACGACGGAGGGCAUGCGACUUACGCGUUAUUGACACGAUGUUUCAUUCUGGUCAACAGUACGACAAGUCGCAUCAGAAUAGUCGACACGCUUGUGAACCUUAUUCGAACGAUUGUCGAAAGCGAUCCUGAUAGCCUGCUUCCAGCCGUCUGGCUCGCGACGAACGCGAUAUCGCCCCCUUACAUCGAUCUGGAGCUUGGUUUGGGGGGCUCAGCGAUCUCGAAAGCACUUAAGAAAGUUUGUGGGCUAGAUAACGCAGGCUUGAAAGUAUUGAACGCAAAAUAUGGCGAUGCUGGCGAUGUCGCAUUCGAAGCAAAGAAGAAGCAGAGCUUCACCCUUCGCAAACCGAAGCCUCUGACAAUCAGGAGUGUCUUCGACUCACUAGUCAAGAUCGCAAACAGUAAGGGACAUGGCAGUGUGGAGAAUAAGCAGAGAAUCGUUGAAAGACUGGUGCAGGAUACACGGGGUGCUGAAGAAAGCCGCUACAUUGUACGGACGCUCGUACAGCAUCUGCGGAUUGGAGCUGUCAAGACCACGAUGCUUAUCGCUUUAUCCCGUGCCUUCAUGCUGUCGAAACCUCUAGGGGCUGAGUUCGAGAUUCGUGAUCAGAAGCAGAUGGCAAAAUUGAAGAAGGAAGAACUCACGGAGGUAUACAUCAGGAACGAAGAGAUCGUAAAGGCAUGUUUCGCUCGACGACCGAACUACAACGACCUUAUACCUGUGCUUCUCGAGAUUGGUGUUUGCGACGAACUGCUCGUACGCUGUGGGCUGUCACUACACAUCCCUCUAAGACCUAUGUUAGGAAGUAUCACUCGCGAUAUGGGCGAGAUGCUCACAAAAUUACAAGGACGAGACUUCGCCUGCGAGUACAAGUACGAUGGACAAAGAGCGCAGGUGCAUUGUGAUGCCAAGGGCAAAGUCACAAUCUUCUCACGACAUCUGGAAGUGAUGACUGACAAGUAUCCGGAUUUGGUAGCGCUGGUGCCCAAGAUACGAGGGGAAGGCGUCUCGAGCUUCAUUCUUGAAGGCGAAGUUGUAGCUGUCGAUCGGGAGAGUGGAGACCUCAAGACAUUCCAGACACUUGCGAAUCGCGCAAGAAAAGACGUCGUCGUCGGUGCCGUGACGAUCGACGUCUGUCUGUUUGCAUUCGACCUGAUGUAUCUGAAUGGCGAAGAGCUACUGAACCGGCCUUUUAGAGAACGGAGGUCUCUACUCAGAAGUCUGUUUGUGGAGAUACCACAUCAUUUUACCUGGGUCAAGAGCCUCGAUGCUACGUCCGCCGACGUAGAAGCAGUUCAAGCCUUCUUUCAAAGCGCCUUGGAGAUCAAGUGCGAAGGCAUCAUGGUGAAGAUUCUUGACAACCUCCCUAACCCCGACCUACUCGCCGAAAUCGACGAAGCUAUUGAGAAGACGCCCUCGCUUCCACCAACACCUAAGAAGAAGAAGCCCGCAAAGUCCAAAGCUAAGUCGAAUUCUAAUGAAACGGAAAAAGACGAACCAAAGACAUCUGGCCGCCGUAAAGCACUCUUAUCGACUUACGAACCGGACAAGCGUCUAGACAGCUGGCUCAAAGUGAAGAAGGACUAUAGUACCACCUCCGAGACUCUCGACCUGAUUCCCAUUGCCGCUUUUCAUGGCUCUGGUCGGAAGGCAGCAUGGUGGUCACCUAUCCUCCUUGCCAUCCGCAAUGCAGAAACUGGACAAUUGGAAGCAGUCACAAAAUGCAUGUCCGGCUUCACUGACACCUUUUACAAAGCCAACCGCGCAAAGUACGACCCAGACGACCCAGAUUGCACAAACGUGCUCUCUGGCAAACCCCAUUAUGUAGAGUACAAUGGUGGAGCUGGAACGCCAGUUGUUUGGUUCGAACCGCAAGAGGUCUGGGAGGUAGCUUUCGCCGAUUUGACUUUGAGUCCGACGUAUACGGCUGCGAUUGGCUUGGUCAGUGAGGAGAGAGGGUUGAGUACGAGGUUUCCGAGAUUCUUGAAGGUCAGAGAGGAUAAGGGGAUCGAUGAGGCUACUGAGGCAGAGGAAUUAGCUAGUCUGUAUCGGAAACAGGAGGCUAAAGCGCCUAAGAAGAACGAUGCUAUCACGGAGGUCAUGUACGAAGAUGAUGAGUAG